UGCACUGACAACUCCAUGCAGUUCGGAACAAGAACGGCAGCGACCGACUCUGGUUUCAUGGGGACAUGGCAGAACACUGACACUAACCUCUUAUUCAGAAUGUCCCAACAGGCCAUCCGCUGUACACUGGUAAAUUGCACAUGUGAAUGUUUUCAGCCAGGGAAGAUUAACCUGCGUACCUGCGAUCAGUGCAAACAUGGCUGGGUGGCACAUGCCUUGGACAAACUUAGUACUCAGCACCUCUACCACCCAACCCAAGUGGAGAUUGUGCAGUCCAAUGUUGUGUUUGACAUCAGCAGUCUGAUGCUGUACGGUACUCAGGCUGUGCCUGUGAGACUGAAGAUACUGCUUGACCGACUCUUUAGUGUACUGAAGCAAGAGGAGGUGUUGCAUAUUCUACAUGGCUUAGGCUGGACACUGCGAGACUAUGUUCGAGGCUACAUUCUUCAGGAUGCUGCAGGCAAGGUGCUGGACCGCUGGGCCAUCAUGUCCAGGGAAGAAGAGAUCAUUACCCUUCAGCAGUUCCUGAGAUUUGGAGAAACGAAAUCUAUCGUGGAGCUGAUGGCAAUUCAAGAAAAAGAAGGGCAGGCUGUGGCUGUGCCAUCUUCAAAGACAGAUUCAGAUAUAAGGACUUUUAUUGAAAGCAAUAAUCGCACCAGGAGCCCAAGUCUCCUUGCUCACCUGGAGAAUAGCAACCCUUCCAGCAUUCAUCAUUUUGAAAACAUCCCAAAUAGCCUUGCAUUCCUGCUUCCAUUCCAGUACAUAAAUCCAGUCUCUGCUCCACUGCUGGGGCUGCCUCCAAAUGGUCUCCUGCUGGAACAGCCAGCAAUGAGGCUCCGUGAACCAAGCCUUACGACCCAAAAUGAAUAUAAUGAGAGCAGUGAAUCUGAAGUUUCCCCUACACCUUUCAAGAAUGAGCAAGCAUCCAGCAGGAAUGCUUUGACCAGCAUCACAAAUGUGGAGCCCAAAACUGAGCCAGCCUGUGUCUCUCCUGUUCAAACACCUACGCCAGUCAAUGAUUUAUCGAAAACGGAACACACAAAAAGCUCAUUCCGAAUUCACAGAAUGAGGAGAAUGGGGUCAGCCUCCAGGAAAGGAAGAGUGUUUUGCAAUGCAUGUGGCAAAACUUUCUAUGACAAAGGUACUCUUAAAAUCCACUACAAUGCUGUGCACCUGAAAAUCAAGCAUCGAUGCACUAUUGAAGGCUGCAAUAUGGUCUUCAGCUCUCUCAGAAGCCGCAAUCGCCACAGUGCUAACCCAAAUCCCCGCCUCCACAUGCCUAUGCUAAGGAAUAACCGUGACAAAGAUCUAAUUCGUGCUACAUCAGGUGCUGCCACUCCUGUUAUAGCAAGUACAAAAUCCAACCUAACUUUAACAAGCCCUGGGCGUCCACCGAUGGGGUUUACCACUCCCCCUCUAGACCCAGUACUACAGAACCCUCUUCCCAGUCAGCUGGUCUUCCCAGCUUUAAAGACUGUCCAACCUGUUCCUCCUUUUUACAGAAAUUUACUUACUCCUGGAGAGAUGGUGAGUCCUCCAACCUCACUCCCAACCAGUCCCAUAAUACCAGCUGUGAGUGGCAUGGAGCAGCAUCCCCCUCCUCCUUCAGAGUCAUCAGUACCUUCAGUGUUAAUGCCCACCCCAGAGCCCAGUGCAGACCUUGCUCCCAAGAAGAAGCCAAGGAAGUCAAGCAUGCCAGUUAAAAUUGAAAAGGAAGUUAUUGACACUGCUGAUGAGUUUGAUGAUGAAGACGAAGAGGUGAAUGACAGGAGCACGAUGGUGAAUGACAUUGGUCAUGACAAUCACUGCCAUUCUCAGGAGGAAAUGAGCCCAGGCCUGUCUGUUAAAGACUUUUCCAAAAGUGACAGAAGUAGAUGUAUGUCCAGACCAGACAUAAGAAGGGCAGACAGCAUGACAUCAGAAGACCAGGAGCAUGAGAGAGACUAUGAAAAUGAGUCAGAGUCAUCAGAGCCCAAAUUGUGUGAAGAAUCCUUGGAAGGCGAUGAUCGCCUUCAUGAACCUGGUGAAAAAUCUAUGAUGCACAGUGACCGACCAGAUGAAAACCACAAUGACUCUUCCAACCAGGAUGUCAUUAAGGUGAAGGAAGAGUAUACAGACCCUACAUAUGAUAUGUUCUAUAUGAGCCAAUAUGGACUGUACAAUGGAGGCAGUGCCAGUAUGGCUGCUCUUCAUGAAAGUUUUGCUUCUACAUUCAACUACAGCAGCCCUCAGAAGUUCUCCCCAGAAGGUGAAAUGUGCUCCAGCCCAGACCCCAAGAUCUGCUAUGUUUGCAAGAAAAGUUUCAAGAGUUCCUACAGUGUGAAGCUUCACUACCGAAAUGUUCAUUUAAAAGAGAUGCAUGUCUGCACAGUGGCUGGCUGUAACGCUGCGUUCCCAUCACGAAGAAGCAGAGACAGACACAGUGCUAACAUAAACCUGCACCGUAAACUGUUGACCAAAGAACUGGAUGACAUGGGCUUGGACACUUCACAGCCUUCUCUUAGUAAGGACCUCCGCGAUGAAUUUUUGGUGAAGAUAUAUGGCGCUCAGCAUCAGAUGGGGCUUGACAUAAGGGAAGACACCUCCUCGCCUGCUGGCACUGAGGAUUCCCAUAUGAAUGGGUACGGCAGGGGCAUGGCAGAAGACUAUAUGGUGCUAGACCUGAGCACCACCUCCAGCAUCCAGUCCAGCAGCAGUAUCCAUUCCUCAAGAGAAUCUGAUGCAGGAAGUGAUGAGGGUAUUCUCCUGGACGACGUCGAUGGGGCAAGUGACAGCGGGGAAUCUGCCCACAAAGCAGAUGUCCCUGCCUUAGCUGUAGGUAUGGGCACCGAUGUCCCAGGAUCCCUCAUGUUCAACAGUGUUUCGGUGAGCAACGGUGGGAUAAUGUGUAACAUUUGCCACAAGAUGUACAGCAACAAGGGAACCCUCAGAGUGCACUACAAAACAGUGCACUUACGAGAAAUGCACAAGUGCAAAGUCCCUGGGUGCAACAUGAUGUUCUCCUCUGUCCGUAGCCGAAACCGGCACAGCCAGAACCCCAAUCUGCAUAAAAACAUUCCUUUUACUUCAGUAGAUUAGGUCAAGGAUGGACAAAGCUUAAUGCCAGCUCUCAGAGAGGGCCCACUACAUCUGAACUGCCAUAUACAGUCUCCCUUUAUAUAUAUAUAUAUGUAUAUAUAUAUAUGUAUAUAUAUAUACACACACGUAAAUAUACAUAUAUAUAUAUAAUUUUUUCUUUUCUUUUUUAGCAAAAGAAAGAAACACCA